AUGUGGGAGCGGACGCUGCAGGAUCUCAUUCGCGGCCUGCGCGCGAACAAGAAUGAUGAGAGCAAGUUCAUUGCUCAGGCGAUCGCGGAGAUUAGGCAGGAGAUCAGGAGCAAGGACAUGGAGCUCAAGGCCGGCGCAGUUCUCAAGCUAACAUAUCUAGACAUGCUAGGCUAUGAUAUGAGCUGGGCAUCAUUCCAUGUCGUCGAAGUCAUGUCGUCUCCGCGCAUACACAUGAAAAGCGUCGGCUACCUCGCGGCUGCGGAGUCCUUCACCCCAGAGACUGACGUCUUGAUGUUGACAACGAACCAGCUGAAGAAAGAUCUCAGCUCCAAACCCGAAGAUGUCACAGUGACUCUUAACGGCCUAUCCCACAUCAUUACUCCUGACCUUGCUCGGGACCUGGCUCACGACCUGAUUGCAAUGCUGAAUCACUCCCGGGCGCACAUCCGGAAGCGAGCUGUGAUAGCUGUCUACAAAGUCUUCGUCAAUUACCCGGAGAUCGUUCCAUAUGGGAUAACCAGGUUGCGCGAAAGGCUCGAGGAUACGGACCCAGGUGUUGUUGCUGCGACUGUGAACGCCCUGUGCGAACUCGUCCAUCGGAACCCGAAGGACUACCUCACGAUGGCGCCGCAGCUCUUCCACCUCAUGACGACGUCGUCUAACAAUUGGAUGCUCAUCAAGAUCAUCAAAUUGUUUGGAGCGCUAUCGCCGUACGAGCCGCGGCUGGUGAAGAAGCUGCAGCCCCCGAUCACGGACCUCAUAUCGACCACACCUGCGAUUUCACUUCUCUAUGAAUGCGUUCAUACGUGCAUUACCGGAGGCAUGUUACAGGGUGCCUCCGGUAAUGCACUGGCGAGGACGUGCGUCACGAAGCUUGCUGCUUUCCUGCAGGACCCAGACCAAAAUUUGAAGUACAUUGCGCUGCUGGCGAUGACAAAGAUUGUACCGAGCCAUCCAGAGCUGGUAGCGGAGUACCAGGACAUGAUCAUCUCUAGUGUUGAUGACCCAGACAUCAGCAUCCGAAUGCGGACGCUUGACCUGCUCACUGCCAUGGUCAGCCGCACCAACCUGCAGACCAUCGUGCAGCAACUCCUGUCACAUCUGGUCCGGCCCGACACCUCGGCAUCAGGACUCCCCUCUGCGGCACAGUCCCUCUCGCAGUAUCAGUAUCGCACACCACUCGUGAGCGCCACGCCGAAGUCCACGAACGCGCCGUCGCAGUCGCCCGCGUACCGCCUCACGCUGUCACAGCGGAUCCUUGCGCUCGGAGCGCAGGAGACUUACGAGAACGUCGUGGACUUGGAGUGGUACCUCUCCGUGCUGGUGGACCUGGCAUACGUCGCGGGCGUCAACGUCGGCCAGCAGAUCCGCGACCAGCUGGUCGAUAUCGUCGGGCGGGUACGGGCGGCGCGGCGAUUCGCGGUCCAGCUUAUGUCGUUCCUGGCGAAUGCUUCCGAGGAGGGCGGUUGUUCUGAGGUACUCUGGGCGGCCGCAUGGAUUUGUGGCGAGCACUGCGGGGAGCUUGCGGAGCCACAGAAGUUGCUUCCCCACCUACUCCAGCCCGGUCUUGUGGCGUUGGACCCUGAGAUCGUCGCGGUCUAUCUGCAGGCCGCGACGAAGGUCUUCGGGUACUGGGCCGCGGAGCAGGCCAACACGUUCGAGAGUGAAGACCUGCCAAAGAUCAGGGACGCGGUGGACAUGACCCUCGAGCGUGCGGGUGAGUUCGCGACGAGCCCGGACAUCGAGGUACAAGAGCGGGCUGCGGAGAUGGUGAACUUGUUCACGUUCGUCCGUGCCGAUCUUAGUGUGUAUAGGCCGAGGACGGACGUUGGCAUGGACAUGGCCGUGAGUAUGAGCGCGAGCUUUGGAUCCGGCUUCGGCGACACAGGGUUCGGGGAUGAUUCACUGGAACCUGGCUUCCCGAAGAGUCUCUACCUCAUCCGUCCUCUCUUUUCCGCAUACGAGCUCAAUGCCGUUGCGGCUGAGGCGCAGUCGCUCGUCGAUGUCCCCGAGGAUCUCAACCUGGAUGCAUGGAUAGUACCUCCACCGAGAGAGUUUACUGAGCCCUUCGAGCCCGACGAUACGGCGGAACCCAAAAAGAAGAAGAAGAGCAAAAAGGGAAAGGAGAAGGAGCUCGGGACGGGGAAGAGCAAGGGGAAGAGCCGAAGUCAAACUCAGCCUGAGUCGGAUGACGUUGCAGGACCAGUAGUGGCCUCCCGCUCUACAGAGACAGCAGAAGAGCGUGCGGAACGCGAACGCCGCAAGGCUGAGAGGCGCGAGCGGCUGCGCGAUGACCCUUACUACCUUAUAGACGACCGGCCGUCACGCGCGAGCGUGAAUGAUGUGGACUCAAUACCGGUGGUUAGAUUGGACGACCUACCGCCCCUUUCCCAAGGUGAGCCACCUCCCACGGAGGACGCACGGCUCCCGAGCCUCCGGAACUCGAGCGCGUCAUCGGUCCUACAGACGUUCGUGAUUGACAAGACGGCGAGAUGCCCCAGGGCAGCCUGUCGCGGCCUGCGUCACGGCCGGUGUCGCGACAGAAAAUAA